AUGGGCAAGAAGUCCAGCCCCGGCUUGCUCUCGCGCCUGCAGGCCCGCCUCUCCAAGUACCUCGACGAGAACUACGUCACCGACUUCGUGUGGUACCUGCUCGACGCCCUGUGGACCUUCCUCUUCACGAGCACCCUGCCCUUAACCAGCCGCGUCUUCAGCAG